AUGGUUCCAACAAACCCAUACGGCCAUGUCAAUGAAGACCUAUCCGUCGUAGCCAACGAUGCUCGGCGGAAAAGACGAAGGCGGGUCCUCAUGUCCGUAAUCAUCAUCUCCGGUUUCGCAGCCGCCAUCAUCAUCUUACUAUCCGUAACCGCCGGCAGGUUUCGAACACCAAAGUUCCGAGUCCGAUCAGCCACCUUCGGAAGCUUCAACCUCGUGAACUCAACAACAACCCCUUCCUUCAAUAUAGUAAUGAACACGGAGCUAGGUAUCAAAAACACAAACUUUAGGCGUUUUCGAUAUCGCAGGACCACCGUUGACUUUUACUAUCGGGAACAAAAAAUUGGUGAGGCGUUUGUUUGGAACGAAAGAGUGAAAGCCAGAGAUACCAGGAAGUUUGUUGUCCCGGUGGUGUUGUCUUCCGAGAACAUCACGUCGGUUUCGGAGUUACAAAGGGAUGUCAACGGUGGCGUUUUGCCGUUGACCAGCAGGUCGAGGUUGACCGGAAAGUUCAAGGUAUUGAUAGUGAUACGUAGGUAUAAGCAUGUUAAUAUGGAUUGUAGAAUGGACCUUGUGAUUGCAAACAGGACCCUUGCAAAUAUCUCUUGCCGCUAG